ACGUGAUCUCUUCUCUGCCGGCCGGCGCUGACUAAGUAUCCGGAAGUGGCCCUUUCGUUGGCGAACUCUGCCCGGUCUGAAACACGUGCCGUUCAUAGGGAAGUUCCUCAGGCCCUCUGUCAGUUCGGUUCGGUCCGGAUUCUGGCUGGGGGUGGGGUCCCCCCGGCCCAGCUAGGGCGGGAAGGGAACGGUUGGCGCGGGAGGCAGAGGUGGCAUUAGCCUGAAGGGCCUGAGGGCUGCAUGGAACCCGGGGUCGAGGACGGUGGGGAGGUUCCCCGCUUGGUGGCCUCCUCCUCCUGGGAGGCUCCUCAGUGGGGCUUGGCCCAGAGCCUUCGCCUGAUUAACGCGGGUCAUGGAGGCCCUGAUGGUGGCGGCGGAGACAGCGGGGAUGAGAAAGUGCUUGGACCGCCGGCGCCGGGUGAGGAUCUUGUUCUCUUGAAGAGGAAAGUGGACAAUGAAGAUGAAAGUUCCUGCUUCCUAUACCUGAAGUGUAAUCCUCAGAGAUGUGAAGAAAUAGUUUCACUCAGGAUUUUAAGUGAAGCAAGGAAUAUGGAAGUAUAUGCCAGAGAGGAAUAUUGUGGAACCAGUAGAGGAGAGAGUGUUUGUACUAUCCAGAAUAACAGUGAAAAUGAGAUUACUUUAUAUAAGAAGUACCUAAAAUUAGAAUGUUCCACAGACUCUUGUAAAAUUAAGCUACUUUCUUUUGGUGAUAAACAAAAUAUAUUUGUGAGUAAAAUUGUAGUACAAGUAAGGACAGUUUCUGCAAAUUCUUCAACAAGCUUUCCUGCUCUAGGAUCAAGGAUAGAUCUAGACAGGGUUCAAACCAUGAUGGAAUCCAUGGGAUCAAAAUUAUCACCAGGUGCUCAACAACUCAUGAACAUGGUUCGAUUUCAACAGCGAAAUUGUAUUCCUUUUGGAGAACAACUUCAGUGUAUGUUGGGAAAGAAAGAUUCAGCUGUUUUUGGAGAUGAACAUAUGCUUGAUGGAUUGCACAAGUCAACAACUUCAGGAGUAUUAGAUAAGUCAUCCACUCCAUCUUUUUCUUGUAAGUCUGGAUUGACAUCUGGAGUGGUCACAGAAGAUAUAAAAUCUUAUAUGGACAAAAACACAGAACUUUCUGCUAAAGGAAAUAUAGGAAAUAUUCAAUAUCCUGAAGAGCAUAAAACUAUACAACAAAAAAAGAUUCUUCCUGAAAAUGAUCUUAAAUUUUUAAUAUCCUCUUGGUUGCAAAAGAAAGCAAAUGAUAACUCAAAUACACCUAGUUCUGAGCUGCUUCCUUUUCUUCAAAACCUGUGUAGUCAAGUAAACCAUCUCCGCGUAGGAGACAAGAAUAAGCCUCAGGGAAACAAUACCAAACCAAAUGAAGGUGUUGUAAGCAUUGGAGUGGAACAGCAGCCUGUUUGUUCUUACUUGGAAAAGAUAAUUUCUAAAAAUAUGGAACUGAUGGAGAAGAAACUUAUGGACUACAUUGACCAACGUAUGUACAAAUUACAAGAGCACAUAGAUAAUAAAGUUGUUCUUUUAAUGGACUUGCUGCAAAAUUCCAAUUCCACAUCUACUCGGGUGACACAAGAACAUUAUGAUUCUGGAGAGAGACUCUCAAAUGGUGAGAGAUAACUACUUGAUACUGUUUUGAGGAACAGAUGUCUGCUAGACACAUGCACACAAAACCCAAACUUCCAAAAGGUUUGGAGGGAAAUUUUCAGUCUGAUAGCUGUCCAAGGGUUAUUUUCUGAUUAAUGUAGAACAACCUCAGUGUUUGAUUUUUUUAUUGCAUUUGUUACUGCAAUUCUCAGUAUUAUACACUAAAAGUUAACCUGUUAGUAUCAUAAAAUAUUUUUUACUAGCAAUAUUUUUCACUCUUAUAAGACCUUAACUUCUGUGGCUUUAUUAUUUAAAAGAUGUUGUUUUAAAAGAGCCACUUUUAGAAUACUAAUUCAGCUCAACAAAAUUAACUGUGAUCUCAUUUACCCUUUAAAGAGAGCAACUUUUUUCUAUUUGUAUAAAUGAUGACUUUAAUUAUUUUGUAAUUUUUAAAGUUAUGAAAAAGUGCUUUAAAAAGAUUAGAUGUGUUGGUUUUAUUUUGUUUCUAAUUGAACAUUAUUGGAAAGUUUAAUAUUCUCAGACAUGGAGACUUUGAUAUUUAGGUCACCAUCUUAAAUGUAGCAUGGUAUAGAUUACUUGAGAUGGAAAACUAUAUAUAACGUUUGGCACUUGUAAAAUUAUACUUGCUAGGCUAUGUUGUAUGGAAGAGGGAAGUAGAAAUCAACAUUGGUAGGAUAGUUAUUUUGGGCUCUGGUCAUCCUUAAGUAAGCCCAGUGUCUUAUGUUAAUUUGUGCUUGCUCAUUCUAACCCUAUUCCUAAUUAGUAAAGUGAGGUUCUUUUUAUGUUUAGGGAAGUCCCUUCUUUCACAGUUAUUUGUUGAAAUGACUAAAUAUGAAAUAAUGAUACUUGGUAGGAUUAUCAGGGUUUAAGUUAAUGUAGUUGGGCCAUCGUAGGUCUCUUUCAGACACAUUUCCAGAAUUUGCUACUAGUGCAUGUGUUUAGGAAAUUACAUUCACUUCUAAAACAAAUCUGUUCAUUCUGAAAACCAUUUACUUAAAUGAAUGAGCAUCCAUUAUUCCACACAUUUGAAUGGUAGAUAAUAUUUUUGCUUAAGGUAAUUUGACUUCUUUUUAGUGAGAUAUAAUGUUUCUUCUUGAUUAAUGCUUUUGUUGAGUUGUUUCCUUAAGCAAGGACUAAGUAAAUCUUUAGUCCUAUAGAAUAUUCACUAAAGAAUGUUCAUUUACAUUUAAAACACAAAAACCCAAACAAUAAAAAAAGAUUUUUCCAACACAUACUAUUUUGAGUGGGAUUUUGAAAUUAAAAUAAUGUGAGGAGGUGUGGUACAGAGACUUCUUAAAAAUUCUUGAUCUAAUUUUGUAUUUAAAACUAUUUGGAGAAGUGAAUCUGUCUUCAUUAGAAUGUGUAAAAAACAAAAUGCAGAAGGUAGCCAACUUUGUCCUUUUCGUGUGCAGAAAUCUCUCACCAAAAAUACUAUGUUCAUAUAUUGGAUUGUAUUUAUUUGAAGCAAUCUUGGCAUUAUUUAUUAUAAAAUAUAUGUUUACCAGUAAUUUUUGUGAAUUUCACUCAUGUAGCCUUAAUGGAGGCAGUAUAGUGGGCUAUUCAAUUUAAGGUAUAAUUUAAAAGGUGUCUCAUUAAAUGAAUAUACUUUCAACAAAA